AUGGUGAAGAAGAAAGUGGACUCGCGGGUCCGCACACUCAUUGAGAACGGCGUGCAUAAUGGCCAUCGGUCCAUGUUUGUCCUCGUCGGCGACAACGGUCGUGACCAGGUUGUCAACCUCCACCACAUGCUCUCCAAGGCUUCUAUCAAGGCCCGUCCCUCAGUUCUGUGGUGCUACAAAAAGGAGCUCGGCUUCACCACGCACAAGAAGAAGCGCAUGCAGGAGCUGAAGAAAAAGAUCAAAUCAGGCUUGAUUGAUCCGGACCGUGGGGACCCUUUUGAUCUUUUCAUUGCCUCAACCGACAUUCGUUAUUGCUACUACUCUGAUACUCACAAGAUUCUGGGUAGCACGUAUGGCAUGCUUGUCCUGCAAGACUUUGAGGCCGUUACUCCCAAUUUGUUGGCUCGAACGAUCGAAACUGUCGAGGGAGGCGGCGUAGUUGUGCUCCUGUUGCGUUCCGUCAAGUCCCUGCAACAGCUGUACACCAUGACCAUGGACGUGCACUCUCGGUACCGCACCGAAGCCCACCAGCACGUGGUGCCCCGAUUCAAUGAGCGCUUCCUGUUGUCGCUCAAGGCCAUGCCCACCUGCUUGAUGCUUGACGACCAGCUGGACAUCAUUCCUUGGGCCCGCCAAACGCUGCGCAUCGAGCCUGCACCCCGCCACGAGGAGAGCGUGGAUCCAAAUGAGACCGAGCUCAAGGAGCUCAAGCAAUCUUUGGCCGACACCCAGCCCGCGGGGUCCCUGGUCGCCCGUGCUCGCACGCUUGAUCAGGCUGCCGCUCUUCUCAAGUUUGUUGAGGCAAUUUCGGAGAAGACGCUUCGCAGUACCCUGACCCUUACUGCGGCGCGUGGUCGUGGCAAGUCUGCCACACUUGGCCUCAGUAUUGCGGCCGCUAUUGCCUAUGGCUACUCAAACAUUUUCGUCACCUCGCCGACACCAGAGAACUUGAAAACGGUCUUUGAAUUUGUCUUCAAAGGCUUUGAUGCUCUCAACUACCAGGAGCAUGCCGAUUACGAAAUUGUGCAAUCGACCAACCCCGACUUCAACAAGGCCAUCGUGCGCGUUAAUGUGUUCACAAAGGAGCAUCGUCAAACGAUCCAGUACAUUCAACCACAAGAUGCAGUGAAGCUUGGUCAAGCCGAGCUCGUCGUGAUUGAUGAGGCGGCAGCCAUUCCUCUUCCUCUCGUCAAGGAACUGAUUGGCCCAUACCUCGUCUUCAUGGCCUCCACCGUCAACGGCUAUGAGGGUACCGGACGCUCCCUUUCACUCAAGCUGAUCAAUCAAUUGCGCAAGGAAAGCGCCCCGGCUGCACGUGAUAACAGCGCCAGCAGCCGUCAUCUGCGAGAGCUGACUUUGGACAUUCCCAUCCGUUAUCGCGCCAACGACCCUGUGGAAAAGUGGCUGAAUGGCCUGUUGUGUCUUGAUGCCACGUUGGGCGAUGCCACGACGACAGCAAGUCCCCAUCCCAGCAAGUGCGACCUUUACUCGGUCGAGCGGGAUGCACUCUUCUCUUACAACAAGGUUUCAGAACUUUUUCUGCAGCGGCUGAUGGCCCUCUACGUGGCAUCGCACUAUAAGAACACGCCCAACGAUUUGCAAAUGCUUAGCGACGCCCCCGCGCAUCGCAUCUUCUGCCUCUUGGGCCCCAUCAACCCAAAGGCCGGUGCAUUGCCCGAGAUUCUUUGCGUCGUGCAGGUGGCGCUCGAAGGUGAAAUUAGCGCGGAAAGCUUGCGCGCCUCUCUCCAGCAAGGCGUCUCGCAAUCAGGAGAUUUGAUUCCAUGGACGCUCUCUCAGCAAUACCAAGACAACGACUUUGGCAAGCUGUCUGGCGCGCGAAUCGUGCGCAUUGCCACUCAUCCUGAUUAUCAGGGCAUGGGCUACGGUCGUCGAGCCAUCGACCAACUGCGUGCUUUCUACAAUGGAGAAAUUCAAAGUUUGGACGAGGCGCCUCAGGCUGCACCUCAGCGCGAGCGUGAGGAAAUGCGCGAGCUGGCACCACGCACGACGCUGCCUCCUCUGCUGCUCAAACUCAAUGAGGUUCCUCCGGAGCGCCUCGACUACCUGGGUGUUUCCUUUGGCGCGACGCCAGAGUUGUACAAGUUUUGGAAGAAAUGCGAAUUUGCGCCCGUAUAUUUGCGUCAAACCCAGAACAACUUGACGGGUGAACACACAUGUAUCAUGUUGUCACCCCUGAACACGGCUGCCGCCGCGCCUGAAUGGCUGGCGGAGUUUUGGAAGGACUUUCAACGUCGCUUCACUGCGCUUCUGCCGAGUGCCUUCAAGAAUCUGGCCCCUGUCUUGGCCUUGGGCAUCUUGGAGCCCUCGGGUCCCGUGAAAGACCAGCGGCAGGGCGGCAUCUUGAGUGCGACUGAGCUGUUGAUGUACUUUAGCACCUAUGAUCUGAAGCGCUUGACGGCCUAUACGAACAAUUUGGUGGAUUAUCACGUCAUCCUCGAUCUUCUGCCCAAGCUGGCUCAACUUUACUUUGCGGGUCGGCUCGACGUUUCACUCACGGCCUUGCAGAAGGUUAUUCUGCUUUGCCUUGGCCUGCAAGCAAAGUCUGUGGAGGACAUUGAGCGUGAAUUGGCUGGCCCUACGGCAUCGCACAUCAUGGGUCUUUUCUCCCAGAUGAUGCGUCGCUGGGUGAAACACAUCACUGACUGUGUGAGUCCUGCUGGUUUGGAGCGAUAUGCUAUCAGCAUGGAUGACGACGCAUUCCGCAAGGCCGUGCAAGGCAAGCGUGGUUCCACGGUCAGCGUGAAGCGGACUGCUGGAGCUGCUUCGGCCCAAGGCAAAGGUGGGCACGAUGAAAGUGCUUCAGGUGACGCGGGUGUGCGGGCCAAAAAGUCCAAAAAUGGCAAAAGCCCUGGCAGUGCCAAGAAGAAGCACGGGGGCAAGGCCCAUCGCAAGUGAUCGCUAUGACAAGCAAUGCUAAGCCCUAUGUUGCGUUACGUACAGGAUUGCCCCGACACUUCAUUGUCUGGCCUGUUUUACCUGAAUUUGUGCUGCUCUGCUUGUGUGCGCAACCAUGUGUCAACCUCUCAUCAAUCGAGCUUCAAAAGAAUC